GUAUUAGGGUUGCGUAACAACCCAUCUAGAGAGCUCAUCCCUGAAACUCGCCGAGAAAAGCAACCAGAACAGAUCGAAGAUAUGCAAAUAUCAAAACCUGCUUGUUUUACAGCAUCUUCCCGGCGAGAGGCAGCAAAGUAAUGGGCACUACGGUCUGCCGGAAAUGCGAAGUAGAAGAAGACACCGAGCUGCUUGCUAAUGUUGCUAACUAACACGGAAGUAGCACAGCGUGCUAAUCGGUAGCGUUAAAUUUAUAAAAAGGCGCCCAUACUUGCUUUGAAAGUUUUCAGGCUUGGAUCCGAGGUCCUCUGCCGUUUGUCUUGAUCUCAUCAUUUACUACUUUGAUGGCUGCAUCCCUGGUUUAGAGUUUUGUUUUUGUCUAAAUUAAGAAAUUGGAAGCGGAUGGACUAAGUUUUGGAUUUGGACUAGCAUUAGGAUAAGGACCACUGCCACAGCUAUUUGUGAAAACACGAAGUGAUCUUAAAGUCUGCAGGUGCCCCCCAUUCUGUGUCAGCAGUGCCACUCAAAUCAACCAACAUGUCAGAUGGCCGGAUCUAUGUGGGGAAUCUUCCCGUGGAUGUCCAGGAGAGAGACAUUGAGGAUCUCUUCUACAAAUAUGGAAAAAUCCGUGAUAUUGAAUUGAAGAACAAUAGAGGCACUAUCCCUUUUGCCUUCGUCCGAUUUGAAGACCCACGGGAUGCAGAUGAUGCUGUCUAUGGAAGGAAUGGAUAUGGAUAUGGAGACUCCAAGCUGCGUGUUGAGUAUCCACGAUCAACUGGUGCUAAAUUUGGUCCUAUGGGAGGUGGUGGAGGAGGACCAAGGGGAAGGUUUGGACCCCCAACUCGAAGAUCUGAAUUCCGCGUCAUAGUGACUGGGUUACCACCAACUGGGAGCUGGCAGGAUCUGAAAGAUCAUAUGCGCGAGGCAGGAGAUGUUUGUUUUGCAGAUGUGCAGCGAGACGGAGAGGGUGUGGUGGAAUUUCUCCGUAGAGAGGACAUGGAGUACGCUUUACGCAGACUGGAUCGGACUGAGUUCCGUUCGCAUCAGGGUGAGACUGCUUACAUCCGUGUCUAUGAGGAAAGGGGCACUCCCAACUGGGGUCGGUCGCGCUCUCGCUCCAGAUCCAGGGGCCGAUAUUCGCCACCCUACCAUAACAGAGGAUCACCCCCUCCGCGCUACCAGUCACCUCCACGCCACGCUAUGUCACGCCAUAGUCCACCCCCCAGGAGGCACCCUCCACAGCACCAUAGCCCACCGCCGCGUCAUUAUCGGUAGAAAGGCCCAUCAUUUAUAGAGGAAUUGGGGAAAAUGUUUUGUAAUUCUACUUUUAAUUUUAUUUUUUUUAACCCCAGGCCUCCUCGUAGGAUACACCAUUGUUACUUCUUGCUAUAUACAUUCCAUGGUCAGGAUCUCCUGAACACCCUGCUCCUUCCCACAGCCUUAAAAUGUUUUGUUUUGUUUUUUUUUCUUUUGCAGGAAAACUGUAUUUGCUCACUGUAUAACAUUUGAGAUUUCUUUUAUAAAGAAAUCCUGGGUUGUGAUGUCUUCGACAGGAACCAGUACAAAGAUAUGUUAUAUUGCCCAAAACUAAUGACGCAGCUCUGCAGCUAUCAGGCUAAAAGUCAUACCGCUUUUUAAACUCUUGACAAAAUUUUCCUUUUUUGUGUGUCACAUUUCAGCAGCUUUAAGUAUGAAGUUUUUUUUUUUUUGCCAAUUUAAGAACCUGUGAAGCUAAUCAAUAUCCUCCUCUUACUCAAAACAUGUCAAAUUAGUGAGCCUUUUAGACUAGUGACACGUUGACUGUGAGCCUCACCUGUCAGAUUAUUUUUUUAAAUGAUGUGUGAACCUCUGACCGAGGUGGCCUGUAGGUGGACUAUAAUUUGUAUGCAUCUCUAAUGUUGUUUUUUGUUUUUUCUUUACCAAUAAAAUGCAAACUUUUACUGUGA